AUGGCUUCCUCCAGCGGGAGCUUGGAGACCACAGGGAAUUCCCGUGGAGUUCCCUUCUCCUUCUCCGCUCAGUUCCCGACCUCCUUCUCCGACCUCCUCCGAGGAAACGACGACGAGGAGAAGGAAGACCGUUUGAAGCUGCCCCAGGCGAGCGGAGGCUUUUCCGACAGGAACUCUGGCGGCGGCGGUGCCUCAGGGGGAGGGUUGUCCAAGUUCAAGUCCCAGCCGCCCCCAUCGCUGCCGCUAUCCCCGCUGCCGAUUUCUCCCUCUUCCUACUUUGCCAUGCCGCCCGGCCUCAGCCCCUCGGAGUUCUUGGACUCCCCCGUCCUCCUCUCCUCUUCUAAUGUAACCUCCCAGCCACUUAAAUCCUACAUGGGUCUUGCAUGAUUUUUCCUAUUCAGUUAACGGACGCAAACGCCCAACGUUUUCUUAAAAGCUCGUUAAUUCAUCUCUCUCUCUCUCUCUCUCUCUCUCUCUCUCUCUCUCUUACAUGAUACGCCGAAUCCGAUUCAUAAUCCGGCAGGAAUCAUUGUCUCGUUUUUGUUUUUGGUCUCCGCGUUUAUCACCGUUUUCAUUAAUUUCUUGCCUGAGAUACGAUGAAUUCAUACGGCGUUCUUCGGCUCUUAUGACAGAUCCUGCCCUCUCCGACCACUGGAACUUAUGCUGCACCGUCGUUCAACUGGAAGCCGAGCCAGAAUAGCUACCAGCAGCAUGCCGUCAAAGAGGAAGAUAAUGGCUUCGUCAAUUUCUCUUUCUCAACCCAGUUGGCGCAGGGAAAUAGCUCCGCUUCCCUCUUCCAGAGCUCCUCAGGAUCGGCUCCCGCGGUACGAUGCCUUGCAGAGAAGGAAAAUUCCACCUUUCUUCUCCUCUCUCUCUCUCUCUCUCCCUAUCGUCGUUCUCCUCCUUUCUCCCUUGAUAUCUGGUAUCUACUGUUAUUGCGAUCGUUCUGAAGUCCUAUCUUUCUCUUCACAGCAGCAGCAGCAGCAACAGCAGCACCAUCAUUCGUGGAAUUACACAGAACCCGCCAUCCGGGCAUCCGAUUUCUCCGGUGUGACGGCCGCGGUCAAACCCGAGCUUCCCCCCUCGAAGAGACACAGCUCCCCCGAGAUUGCGUCCUCCAUGACCUCCAACAUACAUAGCCUGCAGACCCAGAAAGAACAGAGAUCGGACGAUGGCUACAACUGGAGGAAGUACGGGCAGAAGCAGGUGAAGGGAAGCGAGAACCCCCGGAGCUACUACAAGUGCACCUACCCCAGCUGCCCGACCAAGAAGAAGGUGGAGAGGAAUCUGGAAGGCCAGAUCACCGAGAUCGUCUACAAGGGCGCUCACAAUCACCCGAAGCCUCAGUCCACGCGGAGAAACUCGUUAUCUCAAAUCGUUCAGCAGACGGCCUCCACAGAGGAAUCGGACCAUUCUUUCGGCGGCCGUGUAGCCCCUCCCAUGGACUCCGCCGCCACGCCGGAAAACUCCUCCGUUUCCUUCGGCGACGACGACUUGGAGCUGAGCUCUCAAAGGAGCAGGUCUGGUGGGGAGGACUUCGAUGACGACGAACCAGACGCCAAGCGCUGGUAAGCUUCUGCCCAAAGGACCGACGAAGAUCAUACUGUUCUUGACUUCAUGCAGCACCGGUCUUAACUUGCACCUCUAUCCUCCGUUGCCUUCAGGAAGCAAGAAGGAGACGGUGAGGGGAUCUCCGGCUCCGGGAACAGAACAGUGAGAGAGCCAAAGGUCGUCGUCCAGACCACCAGCGACAUCGAUAUCCUAGACGAUGGGUAUAGAUGGAGGAAGUACGGCCAGAAGGUGGUCAAGGGGAAUCCCAACCCGAGGUUCGCCACUCCUCCGCGAGCUACUAAAACCUCCUUCUAGGGUUAGAACCUAACUAGUCGCUUCUUCUACAUUCGCAGGAGCUACUACAAGUGCACCAGCAUGGGAUGUCCGGUGAGGAAGCACGUCGAAAGGGCGUCGCAUGAUACGAGGGCAGUCGUCACGACCUAUGAGGGGAAGCACAACCACGACGUCCCCCCAGCUCGCGGCAGCGGGGCGCAGCAGCUCAUCCGCUCAUCAACGGAGAACGGUAACAUCACCAUGGCCAUUCGGCCCUCCGCCACCGCCGGCGGCUCCCACUUUCGCGGGACAGGAGACCAAGUUGGCCCCGCGGCCGCCGCCCUGGAGUUGCGCCAGGCGGCGCCGGAGAAGAGCCACGCCUACCUGCCGGCGGCCUCCACCUACGCAAACUACCCGCAGCAGAACAGGGGGUUUCAUGCUCCCGCCGACGACGGAGGAGACGAAGGACGAAGUUCUUAG